AGGUUAAAUUAUCUAGAUUAUUAUAGACUUCUCAAUCUACUGAUCUGUUAUAUAUGGUUUUCAAUGUAGACUUUUACGUCGCAAUUCGCAAACUAAAAUUCUUGUUUGUGAUGUUAUCUGUUUUGUAGUUUAUUACAUCAAUGUAUAAAAUAAUAAAACGAAUGCUUUUCAUUGUUACAUAAUCAUACCUGAUUUAUAUAAACGAAGGUUAGUAUACGAUACGUAAAUUAUAUCAAGCCUUUCGACGAAUUGUUAUUCGAUAAACUGUGUCAAUUAAACUUUUAACUGGGAUUCAUUUGUUAUUUAUACAAAAAUGUCUCCAUAUCUAAUGAGAAAACGUACUUUACCAACACGAAAUUCUCAAGCGUCACAGCUAAAAGAACAAAAUUCAAGUCCCAAAGUGAAAUCUAGCAAAAUUGUUACACGUAGCAGUUCUAAUAUGAAUAAACAAGAUUCAAAAAGUAAGAAGAAGAAUGUUAUUAAACAGAAAAAUAAAAAUAUUUCGAAUUCAAGACAAAUGUCUUUAAGAGAAUCAUUUUUAAAUCAAUCUAAAGUGAGAGUUUUACGUUCUCACAAAAAUUCUAAAAAUCCCACAAAUAAUAAAUUAGUGAAGAAGUUAUCUCCUAACAAAAGAAAGCCACCCAUCUAUAAAUGUGGUUCACCAGAAAGUCCUAAGGAAAAUACCAAUGAAAUAUAUGAAUUUAAAUUUGAUGUUAAUGAUUCAACUGAAAGAGUACCAAAAAAACGAAAAAAGAGAGCUGUUAUUAAGAAAACAAUAGCAAAGCGGAAAAAAGGAAAUGUUCCAGUAAAACAAGUUAACAAAGAACAAUCAACUAGUAAACCUGAAAAGAUCAAGAAAACAAAUGUUGUUAAAUUUGAAGGUGGUGAGCAUAUAGAAUCUCUGAUUAAAAAUAGAAAUGAUGUAUUAAAAGAGGAAUUAGUGGAAAAGCCUAAAACAGAUAUAGACGUGGAUAAAGAAGUAAAAGAUUUAGAAAAUAUAGUCAGAGAAGAAAAUGCUGGUGAAACAGUUACAAAACCUACAAUUUUAUCGAUAGAAGAUUUAAGUGAUAGAAGGAUUUCAAUAACUAAUAUUUCAAAAACAUCAGCCUCACAUGAUUUUAAACCAUUUAGACCAACAAAUAUUUUUGAUAACAAAUUAUCCAUACAAAAAAAAGAUGCACUUAAUUAUUCUUUAUUUGAAAAAUCUUUGUCACCCAUUAUAAAAUUAGUAGAAGGUCCUCAAAUAUCCUCCAGUCCCUGGAGAGCAGCACCAUUAGUUACAUUUUCUCAAGUGAAAAAUGUAUUUCAAAGCACACCCCAAAAUGAUAAGUAUGAUAUUAUUAAUAAAAAAUUCUUGCAAACAUUAAAUAAUGAAUCGAAACAAUUUGGAAAUGUAACAAAAACAAAAAAUAAUUUACAAAAGAAUAAUGAAAAUAUCAACAUAGAACGACACAUAAGUAAUAGUACCCCUAAAAGAAAAAAUCCUGUAAAUUCCAGAAAAUUUGGCACAGAAAUUACAAAUAUAGAUCAUUCCUUACAGUUUAAGUCUUCAAUAGAACAAAUAAAUGAACGAAUACCAACUGAAACUGAAAACAUUCAGCUAAAUACUACCAAUGUAACUAAUAUAUUUAAAUUUGAUAAUAAUGAGAAUAAAACAAAAAAUGUAUUAAGUCCAAAGAAUGGUUUUAAAAGAGAAGCAACAAUGGUUAAAACUAAAAUAAAUCAAGGAAAUAUAUUAAAUAUGCAAUUUGAUAAAGAGAAAAAAGAAUAUGAUUCUCAACCUGGACCAUCAGGUUUACAGGGCUGUUCAAUUUCUAACAGAGAUAGGGUAUUAAAACAAUCAAAUUUAAAUAAUUUCUUAAAUGUAAUGGAAAUGCCACAGAGUACUACAAUCAAAACACCUCAUGGAAUUUUCGAUGAUGCACAAUCAACACCAAUUAUUAAUAGGACCCUGAAAAAGGCUAAUGUACCUACUAUGGAGUUAAAAAAUGCAUUUGGUUUUAGUGAUAAUGAUUCUAAUCAAGAGGAGUCUCCUAUUAAGCCUAAAAAUGAAAGAAAUAAAGGAGAAAAACCCAUUCAAACAGAUAUGGGACGACACAAUAUAAAACCUAUUAGAUUAUCAAUUGGUGAAAUAAAAAAUAAGUUACUAACUAAAGAAUUGAAAGAAGAUGUACACAAUAAAGAAAAUAUAUUAACUGAAAAGAAAGAAGUGCAAAAGUUAGAGGAAAAGAAUAAGAAGUCAAUUGAGAUUGUUAACUUUUCUGAUACAUUUGAUAUUUUAUCUGAAACAGGUGAAAGAUCAGAAGUUUCUGCACAUAGUAUUCCACUAUUUGCUGAUUUGGAACCAUCUCAUUUUACACAGCCUCCACGACAUUCAUAUAAACGAAAACGUGACCUGAGGUUCAAUUUUUUGGAAGAAGAAGACGAAGAAGGGGAGGAAAGAAUACAGAGCUCUGGGACAAAACGAAAGAAAACUGAUAAAUUGAAAAAGGACCAAGAAGAAAGAUUAUUGAAGUGGGUUCAAGAUAUUAACAAAACAUUUAGUGAAAUAGACGAACAUGAACUUGUGGUUGAAUAAACCGUUAACUAUUAUUACCAUAGUAUUAGGUAAACGAGAAGGUUUAUGUCAUUUUAAUUAAUGGGAAUAAAUGAUGCAAAUGACACAAACUUUCUUGGUUAUGUGAUAGAAAGAUGAAAUAAUAGUUACUAAAACCUUGAACAAAUUUCGUUAAUAGUCUUAUAUCUUUUUAUCAUUAUUUUGUUCCUUAACAAUAUAUGAAUUUAUAAAGG